AUGUUCUACACUCCCCUCUUCGCCAAACAACACCACAACAGCCACCUCAACAGACUCUCCCAGUCCAUCCUGCCCACCCCCCUCCACCAUGACUUCCAGCAACGCCUCCCAACACCCUCCCCCUCCACCGACACCCACCCCGCCUCAGACUCCAACAGCACCUCAACCAACGAGCCCUCCCCACUCUCCACCGACGAACACCCCUCCCAAACACCCUCCCACCAGUCACGACCCUCCCAGGAGAUCCUCAACGACAUCACAACCCUCGCCCUCAGCGCACGCAUAACAGAGGUGGCCAUGUCCAUCCAAGAGGUCGCCCUGGCGCUCUUCCAGGUCCAGGAGCUGCGUCAUUCUCAAUCCGAAUCCAAGCGAAACUCAUCCGUACAGACCAGCCCAUCCAUCCUGGCUGCCGACCGGCCGAGCGGCUCAGCCCUAACACAGGUCGACAAAGCCCUGAUGAGGCUUGAGAAGAAGGUCGAAAGCACCGCCGUCGAGAUCGCCCAACUCGAAACACUCAUCCAACCCUAUCGGAGCCAGCAGGAGUCCUCCUCCACGGCCCAGUCCAGGCUGAUCAACGACAAGUUCGACAACAUCUCCGAAGAGUGGCAGCGGAUCCAGCACGACACCGAGGUGCUGCAGGACGAGCUCAAGGAGGAUAAGUGGCUGGUCGUCUUCAGAGCCGUCAGUGGCCAGGCCGAGGAAAUGAUGGAAAGCCUCGAAAAGGUCCUCGCCGUCUCCCAGGAAUUCGUCAGGGAGACCCACCGCCGCACAAGAAGGAGCAGCCCCCCCGUGCUCAGCUCCUCCCCGCUCCGGAGGAAGAACCGCGAAUCACACGCCUCGUCCCUCUCCAGCGCCGAUCGACUCGAAUCAGACGAACUCAUCAAAUCCUACAACGCACUCAUCAAAAACUUCCAUGCCAAGAACAAGCAUUAUGUCCCAUCCUGCGAAAGAGUCCUUGGCAUCCUCUCCAAGGGCAUCAAGAGUCGGAGCACGAAGAACGGCGAAGUGCUCCGACGCUAUGCGGAUAUGAACCUCCGAUUCACCACCAUCCAGGAGAACAUCAACCGCGUCGGACUCGACCUCCUAGCAGUCGAGAAGAUCCUCCAACAAGCAUCAUGUUCAGACACAACACCCGCCGACUGCUCCGUCCAAGCCAGCGACCACUCCUUCCUCCAACCACCCUCCGAUCCCCAUCCGCCCACAACACCCACCUCGCCCGGCUCGUCCUCGAAGACCCGCAAGGCGCUCAACUAUCUCAUCUCCACCUCGCCCCAGUUCCUCUCCAAACACCAUGCCAGCGGGAUCUCCAGCUCGAUCUCCCCCUUCCGCAACCACGACGCCGAGCCAGGCAGCGCAGGAGCCGCGGCGGGCGCCCAGCACGGUCCCCGAUCCGGCACGGGCCCGACCGGGAUCCCGGCAGAUGGCCCACCACCAACACACGCCGAGCUACGAGAAGCCGCGCUGGAACAUCUCGCUCAAGCGGAUCGAGGACUCUCCGGGGGGGCCCUCCUCCUCCUCGGGGGGCCUGACCAAGAGCUCCUCGCGCCGGACGACGACGGGCGGGAUGGGCGGGGUGUCGCGGUCGCAGUCGCGGACGCAAAGGCCCGGCUCGCCGGCGCUGGCGUCGGCGACCAGGCCCGCUACGCCUUCUGGUGCGCCGGCUUGCGCAGACCCGUCGAGGAGAAGUCGGUCAUGUGCAAGCUCGUCGAGGCUAAGCGGGCUAACGCCCCCGCCCCCGCCCCCGAGCUUAAGGUGCUCGUGAGGACCCGCAGUGGGUGGAAAGACCUCGACGCCUAUCUGCACGACUGUCUGCUCCCGUCUUGA